UUUGUCACUGUGGCUGCAACAUUACAAAUUGAAUAGCGAUAGUCGCUCACCAACUGCGUGCGCAUCUAGACGUGUGUGGCUAUUUUUUUUUUCUUCUCAUUUUGUUGUUGUUUGCCUCUUGUGUUGUAUGCCGCAAAACAACAGUUGAAAUCAACAAUAACAAGACGAGAGUGCGCCUUAUUUGCACGCGUGUUUUUUGUGUGUGCGCGUGUGUUUGUGUUUGUUUUAACACUACUGGUUGGUUUUUUGGUUUUUAAUUGAAUGCGGGAAACAGCACAACACGAAGUGAAAUGUUGAGUGAGCGUAAAUAAUGUGACAAGAUGGAUUUCGCGAAUCGCAAUAAUACGGCCAACAAGUUUGUCUGCCCCAGCGACAGGCAGCUGGCCUUGCGUGCCAAAUUGAAAGCCGGCUGGAGCAGUUCAAAGACCAAUGAACCGCUGCGCCCCGAGGAACAAGAGGCCAUCAUAUCGGUGAUCCGGCGCAACGAGGAGAUCGAGACAGCGGAGCGACAACGCGUUGGCCGCCUCGUCGAGCGCGUCGAGAAGAUCAAGCUGCAUGCGGUCGAGCGGGGUCCAAACUGUUGCCGGCUAUGUGGCGACACCUUCGGACUGUUGCGACCGCAGCGCAUCAUCUGCGAGGACUGCCGCAAAUCGGUGUGCACCAAGUGCAGCGUGGACAUCAACAUCAGGUACAACAACAGCGAACGGACGCGCGAGAUUUGGCUGUGUCGCAUCUGCAGCGAGACGCGCGAGAUGUGGAAGAAGUCGGGCGCAUGGUUCUUCAAGGGUCUGCCCAACUACGAUAUGCCGCGCAGUGCCAGUGCCACGCCCAUGGCCACACCCACAGGCGGAGGGCGGGCGGUGCAGAGUUGCCACGGGACGCCGACGCGUGGCGCACGCAUCAAGAAGCUAACGAUCAGGGUCAACGACAGCAGCAGCAGCAGCAGCAACGCCAGCGGGCAGUCCGAGGGCGAGGAUGAGCUGGAUGGCGCCUCCUCCGCCAAGGGAAACACCAGCAGGGAAACUGCAGCUGCAUCUGCGGCGGCAGCAUCGCGACUCCAGCGCGAUGAGAGCUUUCGAUUGCGCGCCUACGGCUCCAUUCGCAGUUUCAUCGAUGGCGGCGAACGCAAACUCUCGAACUCCUUCUUCUUUGGCCGCCAACAGGGUCAGGGACCGGGACCGGGACCGGGUCAGGGUCAGGGUCAGGGUCCGGGGCAUCUGCUGGCUGGCCAGGAUUACGACAAUGUGAGCAUGUCGAAUGUGUCGACGGUCGCGCAAUUGCGCCGUGAGAGCAGCUUCCUGCGACGCAGCUCGGUCAGCUCGUCGUGGUCCUUUAGCGACAGCUCCGGCUCUGGCAACUCGGCCACCCAAUCCCAGCAACAACAGUUGCCAUCGUCACAACAUCCGCAUCAACAGCAGCAGCAGCAUUGUCGCGACCCUUUGCUCGGCUGGCUGGAGAUUGCCAUCAGCUAUCGGGAGAGCUUCCACAGUCUGGACUGCACCAUGGUGCGUGCUCGAGAUUUGCCCACCAUGGAUGCCGCCGGCUUGGCUGAUCCCUACUGCAAGCUGAACAUCAUUACGCCGGAGGCUCACACCAAAUACACACGCUGGCAACGCACUAAAACUGUGCACAAGACCCGCAAUCCGGACUUCAAUGAGACCCUCCAGUUUGUUGGUGUUGAGCCCGAGGAGCUCGGCAAUUCCCUUCUCUAUGUGGCGCUCUUUGACGAUGACAAAUAUGGUCACGAUUUUCUUGGCGCUGCCAAGGUUUGUCUCUCCACGGUGCACAGCACAUCGCAGUAUCGAAUAUCAGUGCCGCUGGGCGUGGAGGAUCAAUAUAGCAAUGAGGCGGAGAUGUCGCAGAGUUGGCCUAAUGGCAAGAUGCUCAUCUCGCUCUGCUACAACACGAAACGCCGGGCGCUGGUCGUGAACGUUAAGCAGUGCAUCAAUCUGCUGGCCAUGGACAACAAUGGUAGCUCGGAUCCUUUUGUCAAGCUACAACUGAAACCGGAUGCGCACAAGAAUAAGAAGCACAAGACGAGCGUCAAGUGGCGCACACUGAAUCCCAUAUACAACGAGGAGUUCUAUUUCGAGGCCAGUCCCCACGAUCUCAACAAGGAGAUGCUCAUUCUGACCGUGUGGGACAAGGACCUGGGCAAAAGCAACGACUUCCUGGGCAGCCUGCAGCUGGGCGCACAAAGCAAAGGCGAUCGGCUGCAGCAGUGGCUCGACUGCAUCCGUCUACCCGACCACUUCCAUGAGAAAUGGCAUUGUCUCGCUCCAGACAAUCCAACCCAUUGAAUUGCUUUACUCCCAACUCCCGACCUCCGAUUCUGCCCCCAGUCCCCAGUCCACCUACCUAAAUAUUUACAUAGAGUAUAUACAUAUACCGUAAACAUAUAUAUUUUUGAUAUGCCUGCCUGCAUGCAAGUGUGCGUGUGUAUGUGUGCGCAUGGGUGUGUAGUGUAGUGUAGUGUGUGUGUGUUUGCGAGUGUUGCACUCGAGUCGAGAUCGCUUUGCAUAUCAUUUUGCUCAACCUAACCUCAAAUUUGUCAAGGCUUCACGUUUGCGCUUCUUCUUACCCCCCAGAGAAACACAUAUACACGCACACAUGCGCAUAUACAUAUAUAUACUGUAUAUUAAGCUUUGUUUAAGUGUCCUUAAAAUGGGUUUGUUUUUUGUUUCUUUUUCUUUUCCAUUCCGCACAAAACUUUUUGUCAAUAAUCUUAGCUACAAUUUAAAAAUAAUACAAACAAACAAAAAAAAAUCGAUAGUAGAAAACGAAAUACAAACUAAACACGAAAACAUUUACUUAACAAAUACAAAAUAAUAUUUUUGAUUCAUAUAUUUACUACAUUUAUUGCUAUUAUUCGAAACUAUUCUCUCAGAGCACUAUAUUUAUAAUACCCUAAUCUUAGAUGGUCAACAAGAUGAGCAAGAAAAGAAAUCAUUAAUUUGUCAAAGCAUUUGUCGAAUGUAAUUUAUUUAUAUAUAUUUAUGUACCUAUAUAUAUGUACAACUAAAUCAAGAAUCAAAAUUAAAAUUAUAAAUAUUAUGAUAAUAAAAAAAACAGAUAAUAAUAAUGAAUCUCUUAGUUUCUUUUGGUAAAAGACUUUCAGCAGCAUUGUUUAAGCAAAAUUGCACCUGGUCAAGAAAAUUCGAUAUAUGUAUUAUAAAUAUUGAUACAAAUCACAAGUUAUCAUAUUUUUAGUUUUUAAUUCAAUUUCUUAUAGACAACCUUUAUCGGGUUAGGUGAAAAAUAAUUUUCUUCAACUGCGAUGUUAUAGAACGCUUCCUUCAUCGGUUGUACAGCUUUUUCACUCAAUAAAUAAAUAAAACACAAAUAGUUGGAUGCGUUUUAAAAUCAAUAAAACUAACAAAUAAUAAAUACAUUUUUAAAAUCAAUACAAACAAUAAAUAAUUUUGGAACCAUUUGUCACAUGCAAUUUAUUUAUGUAUGUGCCUACAUAUGAUUAUGUACAAUCAAAUCAAAUAUAAAAUAUUAUAAUUAAUAAUUAUGAUUUAUUGCGGGAAUGAGGAAUGAGGAACCACACAGAAGAAAUUAGAAUCGUUUUUCUCUUCAGAACAAAUUGUAUAUUUAAUAUGUUUUGGCCAUAAAGAGUAUACAUACUUUCUAUACAUAUGUGUUGUAUGUGUGUGUAAAGGAUGUGUAUAAUUUGUAUUGUAUAUAUAUUGUAUAUAUAUGUAGUUUUAGGGUAUAAGUACGAACUGCUUCUUGUAGUGGAUAGCAGGUAGUUGAACUCCCUUUUUGUUUUUAGUUGCAGAAAGAUUCGACAAUUCGACACAAGAGCCUUACGAGCUAUUUCAAAGAUGAUUAAACAACUAACUAAACUUGGAAAUUAAUGGGUUUCUUCUCCUCAGAGAGGGGGAUGGGGAUGGGCAGGGGGGUGGCACGACACAUCCCAUUAGAUGGGCCGCUUACGAUUGGCAUUUGUAAUGUUGUCUCUCAUGUAGUUGGAGGAUUGCGCCAUGUAAUCGCGAUGAGCACGCUGCAUCAUUGCGAGAUGUUGUCCCUGCUGAUGCUGCUGCUGCCGUUGAUGCUGGGCUCGAUUGGCUGCAUGUGCAUGUUGCUGCUGUUGUUGCUGUCGCUGCGCGCCCCCCGUAUCGCCGCCAAUCGAGGAUGACGACGUGGCAGCGCUGCUUGACUGUUAGAAGAGACGUUUCU